ACAUUCCCUAACACCACAAACACAAAAAUCCAACAGGAAUCUCAAGUCCCCAAGUCUUGUAGAGGAGAGAUGUCCUUGUAGCAAACUUGUCGUAACCACUUCAACAAAACUCAACUGAAAAACUUCAUCUAAAAACACCUUUGGGUGGUUGCGGAAAACCAGUUUCAGUCCCAGCGUCAUCUUUCUUCUCUCUCUCUCUCUCUCUACAAACAUUGAAGGACAGACUUUCUUGGUCUGCGUGACACCACCCCCCAAAAUGCUGAAGGAAAUGAGGAUAGAUUUGAACCCUUCAUCACUACACAAACGCCAUCAUGUCUUUGUAAAGUUUGCAAUCUCUUUUCUGUUACUAGGUCUUGCUUUUCGUCUAUUUGUCUCUGAUUCCAUCAGGUUCUCUUCAUCAAUUGUUGACACGCCUCCUUUUGUAGAGACUAAUUCUAUAACCGAGUCUCCUCCUCUGUCUCCUUCUUCUUCUUCUUUGCCUGCUCAAGCUCCCAGUUCUGGUGAUUUGUUGGCAAAUGAGAGCCAGGCGUUUCCGAAUGUUGCAGCUGAAUGCGAUAUAUUCACGGGGGAUUGGGUACCGGACCCAUCAGCUCCAGCUUACACAAAUGCAAGUUGCCAUGAAAUUGAAGGUCAUCAGAAUUGUAUGAGAAAUGGGAGACCCGAUUCAGGCUACCUUUACUGGCGGUGGAAUCCCCGGGAUUGUGAAUUACCCAGGUUCGAUCCGGGGAAGUUUCUUGAUUCCACGAGGAACAAAUCAUGGGCAUUUAUUGGUGAUUCCAUCUCCCGUAACCAUGUCCAAUCUUUGCUUUGCAUUCUCUCUCAGGUGGAACAAGCUGUCGAGGUCUAUCACGACGAGGAAUAUAGAUCCAAGAGAUGGCACUUCCCCUCGCACAACUUCACCCUCUCAGUGGUUUGGACCCCAUUCCUGUUGAAAGCUGAUAUUUUUGAAGAUAUGAAUGGGGUUUCUUCAUCGGAAAUUCAGCUCCAUCUCGAUAAACUUGAUGAAACAUGGACUGAACAGUACAAGAACUUCGAUUAUGCCGUGAUCGCAGGUGGAAAGUGGUUUCUUAAAACUGCGAUAUACCGUGAGAAUGAUACAGUGACAGGUUGCCAUUACUGUCCAGGAAAGAACUUAACAGAGUUGGGUUUUGACUACGCCUACCGCAGAGCACUGAAGACGGUGCUGAACUUUAUGACGAACUCUGGUCACAAAGCUUUUAUUUUCCUCCGAACCACAACCCCAGACCACUUCGAGAAUGGAGAAUGGUUCAGCGGAGGGACCUGUAACAGAACUGCACCAUUUAAGGAUGGUGAGGUGGAUAUGAAAGAUGUAGAUAUUGUAAUGCGGGACAUUGAGUUGGAAGAAUAUGAGAAGGCUGCUCCUGUGGGAGCUGAAAAUGGGGUGAUCUUGAAAUUACUAGAUACCACUCGCCUUUCUCUGCUAAGGCCUGAUGGGCAUCCGGGACCCUAUCGGCAGUUCCAGCCAUUUGCUAAGGAUAAGAAUGCCCAAGCGCAGAAUGAUUGUUUGCACUGGUGCUUACCAGGGCCCAUAGACUCUUGGAAUGAUUUACUAAUGGAGAUGAUAAAUAGAGGAAUACACCAAUAAUUGAUCUUUUUUUUUUCCUUUUUGUGGAUUUGAGAUACUAGGUUGUACAAUUCUUUGAUUAUAUAAUUUAUAUGAACGAACAGGAUUUUUUU